AUGUUUACGAAUGACAUAACUCGUAAUGCAAAUACGUUAGACUUGCAUCUCUCGGGUGAAUGGGAUACAAUAAGAGAUGAAAUUUCUAAGUUAGUAAAUAUGAGUCAAGGUUUAUGGAAAGUUCCAAGUUUAAUUAUUAAUUUUCGUGAAGAAGAUUCAAGCAAUGUUUCAGAAGAUUGUCCAGUUUUAUUAGAACAACUAUUCAGUUUUGUUCAAAAUGAUUCUAUUCGUGAAUUAUCAAUAUAUUUUAAUAAUUUUUAUCACGACCAUCUUAGACUUUAUGGUUCAUCUUCUAAACUAGAAAAAUUGGUAAAUUUAAAAAUUAAAACUGCGAGACUUGCUGAGUUGAAGUAUUUUUUGAGAUGUAUUAAUACCCUGCAAUUAACAUCUUUGUCUAUUACUUCAAGUGAACCACUUUAUUAUAGAGAUUUAGUUGAUAAUUAUACAUUAACUUCAAGAUUAUUAAAAAGUAAAAAUUUUCAUCUCAUGUCAGAUUGA